CCUGCUGUCUAUAGAGCUAGCAUCACAGACCUCUUGUGUCAAGCCUUUCCAUUGAGUCGUCUGGGUGCAUGUGCUGCUACCUGUCCAAUCUGUAGUUACCGCCACCUGCCGUGGCAAUCUUUCCAUGACCUGAGAGCUGAACCGUCUGAACUCUCCCUGAAGCAGACACUUCUCCCUCAAGUCUCUCUUUCUCUCCACUUCUGCCUCACCUUCAACCAUGACGUUCAAAGUUGACAUGCAUUACGUAGUCUUCUUGCCUGUGUACCUAUUGAUGUGGCUGUACACUCUCAUCACGUUUAUCCCAUGGUAUUUCCUCACUAAUGCUGGGAAGAAGAAAACCAUGGCCAAGAGAGAGAAAGCCAAGUCCACCACAGGCAAAGCAGAGGGCCCCUAUCGUUGUGUGGAGAACUUUGACAACCUGGCCCGGGAGGACUUUGAGGGAAAGGACACUCUAGACAAGCUGUUUGAGCAUGCAGUGCAGCGCUUCGGCAACGCAGACUGCCUGGGUACCAGGGAGCUCCUAAAUGAGGAGAACGAGAUGCAACCGAGUGGCAAGAUCUUUAAGAAGCUGAUCCUGGGGGAGUACAGGUGGCUGUCCUAUGAUGAGGUGGACCAGAUCAUCAGCCAUCUAGGUAGUGGACUAGCAGCCCUGGGCCAGCAGCCCAAGAGUACCAUCGCCAUCUUCUGUGAGACACGGGCAGAGUGGAUGAUCACUGCACAGGCCUGCUUCAGACACAACUUUCCAUUGGUCACUCUGUAUGCCACCCUGGGGGAGGAAGCUGUGGCCUAUGGGCUUAAUGAGUGUGGGGCCACACACCUGAUCACCAGCGCUGAGCUACUGGAGACUAAACUCAAGAAUGUUUUGCCAGAUAUGCGCAACCUGAAGCAUGUUAUAUAUGUGGACAACAAGAGCAUCAGCAGGGCGGGCUACCCUGAGGGCAUUCAGAUCUACAGCAUGCAGGCAGUACAGGAGUUGGGAGCCAAACCUGACAACUUGAGUGUAGCUGUGCAGCGCCCCCAGCCCACAGAUCUGGCCGUGGUCAUGUACACCAGCGGCUCCACAGGACGACCCAAAGGAGUCAUGAUCAUCCACAGCAACCUGAUCGCUGGCAUGACGGGCCAGUGUGAGAGGAUCCCAGGACUGGGGCCAAAGGAUACCUACAUUGGCUACCUGCCUCUAGCUCAUGUGCUGGAAAUGACUGCUGAGAUCUCAUGUAUGACGUAUGGCUGCAGGAUUGGCUACUCUUCUCCACAAACACUCUCUGACCAGUCAACAAAAAUCAAGAAGGGCAGUAAAGGAGACUGCUCUGUGUUGAGGCCUACUCUGAUGGCAGCUGUACCGGAAAUAAUGGACCGAAUCUACAAGAAUGUGAUGAACAAGGUGCAGGAGAUGAGCUAUGUGCAGAGGACACUUUUUAAACUGGGCUACAACUACAAACUGGAACAGAUCAAAAUGGGCUACGAUGCCCCACUCUGCAACAUGCUGCUGUUUAAGAAGGUGAAGGCUCAGCUGGGAGGGAACAUCAGGAUGAUGCUGUCAGGAGGAGCGCCCCUGUCCUCCGCCACCCAGCGCUUCAUGAAUAUCUGCUUCUGCUGCCCCGUGGGACAGGGCUACGGCCUCACAGAGACCUGCGGAGCAGGUACCAUCACAGAGGUUGCAGACUACAGCACUGGGAGAGUAGGAGCCCCCCUCAUCUGCUGUGAGGUGAAACUACGAGACUGGGUUGAGGGCGGAUACACCAGCCAGGACCAACCCCACCCCCGUGGAGAGAUCAUGAUUGGUGGGCCCAACGUUACCAUGGGUUACUAUAAGAGCGAGCACCUGAACAAUGACUUCUGGGUAGAUGAGCAGGGCCAGAGGUGGUUUUGUACCGGGGAUGUGGGGGAGAUCCACUCUGAUGGCUGUCUGCAGAUAGUGGACCGUAAGAAGGACCUGGUCAAACUACAGGCUGGAGAAUACGUGUCCUUGGGGAAAGUGGAGUCUGCUCUGAAGAACUGCCCCCUUAUUGACAACAUCUGUGCAUAUGCAAACAGUGACCAGAACUACGUGAUAAGCUUUGUGGUACCGAACCAGAAGCAGCUGACAACUCUGGCCAAUAACAACGGCAUAAGUGUUGCCUGGGAGGAGAUCUGUAACCACCCAGCCAUGGAGGAGGAGGUCCUGAAGGCCAUCAAAGAGGUGGCUGCCUCAAUCAAACUGCAGCGUUUUGAGAUCCCAGUGAAAGUGCGUCUAAGCCCAGAGCCCUGGACUCCUGAGACUGGCCUGGUGACAGAUGCAUUCAAACUGAAGAGGAAGGAGCUGAAGAAUCACUUUCAGACUGAUAUAGAGAGAAUGUACGGAGGAAAGUAGAGCCACCAUCUGAUCUAACCAAAGAACGGUUUCCUUACAACUUUCACCAGUGAUGUGUGUCUGAAUAAUAAUACUAUUUAUUUGUAUAGCGCUUUUCAUAAGAGUUAUCUCGAAGCUCUACAGAAAAAGCAACACUUGAGUGUAAAAAACAUUAGGAACACCUUCUUAAUAUUGAGUUGCACCCCGUUUUGCCCUCAGAACAUUCUCAAUUCGUCAGGGGAA